AUUAUGUUCAGUAGUUGAUUCAAGGCAAGGCAAGCCACAUACAAUUGUUGAUAUUUUGUCAUAAAAUUCUUUGAGAGGAGAAAAUGGCUCAAUUGUUAUCUCCAGUUUGUACAGAUCCAAUCAAAUUUCAAAGCACCAAACUGUUGUUGUGUUCAAGAAGCAAUAAUAAUAAUAGUAGAUUUGGGAGCAGCAAUUCAAGUAGUAGCAGUAUAAUGAGGGGGAGAAAUCAAAGUAGAAGUAAAAGAGUACUUAGCACUAGAGUUAAAGUAGCCACUGAUGAUCCAAUUCCCUUAUUACCUGAUGCUCUUGCUGAUGACUACUAUGCUGUUUUGGGCCUGCUUCCAGAUGCAACUCCAGAGCAAAUAAAGAAAGCGUAUUAUAAUUGCAUGAAAUCAUGUCAUCCUGACUUGAGUGGCAAUGAUCCAGAAACCACAAACUUUUGCAUGUUCAUUAACGAGGUUUAUGAGGUUCUCAGCGAUCCAGCUCAACGAAUUGUAUAUGAUGAAAUUCACGGAUAUGCUUUGACUGCAAUAAAUCCUUUUCUUGAUGAUACAUCUCCAAAGGAUCAUGUCUUUGUUGAUGAGUUUAGCUGUAUAGGCUGCAAAAAUUGUGCAAAUGUAUGCUCAGAUGUCUUCAUGAUAGAGGAGGACUUUGGUAGAGCCAGAGCAUGUAACCAACGUGGAAGCACCGACUUGGUUCAAGAAGCCAUUGAUAGUUGCCCUGUUGAUUGCAUCCAUUGGACAUCUGCUGCACAACUAUCUUUGCUUGAAGAUGAAAUGCGGAGAGUAGAAAGAGUAAAUGUUGCUUUGAUGCUUGCUGGAAUGGGUUCAUCUGCAGAUGUUUUUAGAAUGGCCAACACUCGAUGGGAAAAGAGACAAAAUAAAGUUUUGGAGCAAGCUAGAAUGAGAAUGAUGAAAUCAAAACAUUCUAAAGACAAAGCUGACCCUUACUGGAGUAACCUUUGGGGCAAUGGUAACAACCAGCGAAGUACAGGGUCAGAGGAAGAGGUGAAAGAGAGAGCAAGCAGAGCAGCUGCAGCUGCACGAAGAUGGAGAGAGUACUCGAGACGAGGUGUUGACAAACCUGCUAGCUAUAAACUUCCAGACACUCUGUCGACUAAAGAAAAAUAAAGUGUAUGAUUGUCAAGGUCUCUUGUAUGUACUGUAUAUGAUAAUAGUAAGUUACAUAUCAAUGUAGAUAGGUUGUAUAGAUAAAUGACAGAUGAACUAUGGACAGUAGAAAACCAGGCACUGUGUAUAACGAUUUAUAUAUAUUUGAAUAUGAUAAUUAAUUAAUAUUAAAGAUU